GGUCUCCGCGCUCCGAGGUCCGGCGCCCCGAGGUCUCGGGCCGAAGGUCUCCGCGCCACCAUGCGGCUGAGAAGUCCUGGACUACUUCUACUGCUGCUCAGUGGCCUGCAAGCUGGUAUUCAGGAAAGGGAAGUCAGAGCGAUGGUGGGCAGCGACGUGGACCUCGUCUGCACUGACCCGGAAGGAAGCCAUUUUGAUCUGAAUGACCUUUUUGUUUACUGGCAAAUCAGUGAGUCGAACACUGUGGUGACUUACUACCUCCCUGAAAACACCUCCACGGACCACGUGGACAGCCACUACAAGGACCGCGCCCGGCUCUCACUGGCUGGCAUGGAGCAGGGCAACUUCUCCCUGCGUCUGUUCAACGUCACUCCCCACGAUGAGCAGAAGUUUCGCUGCCUGGUGUUCAGCAAAUCUUUGGAAUUAAAACAGGUUUUGGAAGCUGUGGUCACAUUGCACGUGGCAGCGAACUAUAGCAUGCCUGUGGUCAGCACUCCCUACAGCCCGACGGAGGACGAGGAGCUCACCUUCACGUGCACUUCCACAAAUGGCUACCCGAGACCAAACGUGUACUGGAUCAACAAGACGGACAACAGCCUGCUGGAUGAGGCCCUGCAGAAUAGCACCGUGUCCUUGAACACGCGGGGCUUGUACGACGUGGUCAGCGUCCUGAGGAUCCCGCACACCCCCAACGUGAAUGUUGGGUGCUGCAUCGAGAACGUGCUUCUGCACCAAAACCUGACUGUCAGCAGCCAGACAGGUAACAUGCUCCGGGAGAGGGACAGGAUCUCAGAGAACCCAGGUGGUGCCCACGAGGAGAAGACUGUGGCUGGGUUCAGCGUCUUUGCCGUCUUGUUUGUGCCUGUGGCCGUGGCUGUUGGCUGGGUGUACAGAAGCCGAUGUCACCACAGAAGCUACAGAGGUGCCCAGGCUGCGGUGCCAGCGCUGGAGCUCACUGACCAGGUUUGACGGGAGCUCACACCCAGGACGUGGGUGGGGCUUCUGUGGAUGCCACCGCGCCCGUGUGAGUGGCAGCUUGAGAAUGGACUUGGACAGGCUGGUGGCAGAGGUGCCCCGGGUGUGCCAUCACAGGACAGGAGCCCGGGCUGGAAGGGAGGCGUGGCCCCUUGAAAAGGUCAGCAGUGGAACACAAGUAUCCCCACGUGAGUGGGCGCCCCACCUAUGCUGCCAAACCAAGACAAGAAGGGGGUUCUGAGCACUCAUGGAGCUGGUGUAACAGCCCCAAGCUCUCCUCGGUAUCCCAGACCCAUGCCACAGGACGCGUGGUUUCUGACACUGAAGGAAGGGUGUCCGGUUUGAAAAGAGGAGUGAGGUUGCCCACUCUGUUCCAGGAUCUCUGUUCCAUCUGGAGCCACCCGAGGAGGUUUGCAGGAGACAUGCAAGUGCAGGGAAUGGGCAACACUGAAAAACCCCGGAUGUUCACUGGGAAGAAAACCUGAACUCACGUGUUUUAGUCAAAAGCUAAUUUGCUCUCCUAGAAGCGCACAAGUGGGAUUUUGCCAGAAGAAAGUCUGCUCCUGGGGCCAGCAUGGGCUGGACGUGGGGGUCUCCGAGCUCUUGCUGUGAGGCAUGGAAGAGAGACACCUCUGAGAGGAGUGAAAACACAGCUCAGCUGGGACUGCAAACACGCAUGUGCAGCAGACACGGGCUUUGCCACGUGGUCGUCAGAGUCCUUCCAAGCAGGACUGAAUGAGCGCUCAGUGGCCAAGCUGAGGGCACCAGUGC